AGUAACAUUUGGACUAUUGGACCGGGAACACUUCGGUCUACUGAGCAGGGAGAAAUGGUAGAGGCCAAGUUUGGGUUACCACAAAUAGCUGUUCGACAACUUGAAAUAUACACAACCGCAGUACUACUUGCAACUCUUCGUCCACCACUCCCACCUCGAGAUGAAAAUUGGCGUAAUCUCAUGGAAGAAAUCUCAGAGAUCAGUUGCCAGUGUUACCGCAACGUAGUCUACGAAAAUCCAGAAUUCCUUACCUACUUCGCCGAAGCCACGCCUGAAGCAGAACUCGGCUUCCUCAACAUAGGUAGCCGUCCUGCAAGGAGGAAGAACACGAGAGGAAUUGGACACCUACGUGCUAUUCCCUGGGUGUUUGCAUGGACUCAAACUAGAUUUGUUCUUCCAGCUUGGCUCGGAGUCGGAGCAGGUUUGAAAGGUGCCUGUGAGAAAGGUCACAGUGAAGAACUAAAAGCAAUGUACAAAGAAUGGCCUUUCUUUCAAAGCACAAUAGACCUUAUUGAGAUGGUUUUAGGGAAAGCAGACACUACUAUAGCAAAGUACUAUGAUGAAGCCCUUGUGUCAGAGGAGAGGCAAGAACUCGGCCGCGAGCUAAGAAACGAGCUCUUGACAGCUGAAAAGUUUGUGCUGGUGAUUAGUGGCCAUGAGAAACUUCAGCAGAAUAAUAGGAGCUUGAGGAGGUUGGUUGAGAACAGACUUCCAUUUCUCAAUCCAAUGAACCUGUUACAAGUGGAGAUUCUCAAGAGGUUAAGGCGCGAUGAUGACAACCUUAAACUCAGAGAUGCUUUGCUUAUCACUGUAAAUGGGAUCGCUGCUGGUAUGAGGAAUACCGGUUAACCUUGCUUCUCAAUAACUAUAACAAUGUACACAACUUUCAGCACUAAUGAAUGAUGAAUAGUUUGUUUUUAUGUUAGGUUUGUUUAGUAAAGAUUGGUAUAAGUGUAUAACCAUAAUGGUGAAUGGUUUGUUAUGUAAACAGAAGAUGCAUUAUAAUGUUAGAAUGUGAUGUAUGAUUAAGCUUUUCCUGCA